CUUCACAUAAAUUCAGUGACAAUCAACAUAAAAAUUUCCAUUGUGCGCCAACUUACAGAAAUCCUCAAGUUUCUUAAGACUGUUUCCAUUGGCUUCAUAUCCUCGAUCCAGCUGCGUAAGAAUAACGGCGGAGCGGAGGUCUGAAUGAACAAUCGCCGUCAGUGUGUGGCGUGCUCGGGUCGCGCGCCGCCGUGCCACGCUCCUGUGGGACCGAACUUAUCACGCGCAAACUUUGCUGUGGGGAUUAAAUAUUAACUGGCAUGGAUAGUUAGAAAAUGGAAUGAGCUUCACAACGCAGCCUUAACCGUAGAAGAAAAUAUGCAGUCUUGGUGGUCGUUGUACCUACUGGCUGUCUUCAUGCUUGGUUUAGAUUCUAAGCUUGCAGGGCAGGCUUUCCAACCGGAGUUUGUAGAGCCAAUAACAAAUUUAACUGUAGCCAUUGGACGGAAUGCUACAUUUAGGUGUCUAGUGCAGAACCUUGGGGGUUAUAGAGUAGGAUGGGUGAAGGCAGACACGAAGGCAAUUCAAGCAAUACACGUGCACGUGAUAACUAACAACCAUAGAGUGGGAGUGUCGCACAACGGACAAACGGUCUGGAAUCUCCACAUCAGGAACGUCCAAGAAGAAGACAGGGGCCAGUAUAUGUGCCAAAUUAAUACUGAUCCAAUGCAAAGUCAGAUGGGCUAUCUGGACGUGGUGAUCCCCCCAGACUUUAUUGCCGAAGAGACGUCGAGCGACGUCAUGGUUCCAGAAGGCGGGACCGUGCGCGUUUCGUGUCGCGCGCGCGGCAUUCCUGCCCCCAUGGUGGUGUGGCGCCGCGAGGACGGCGCGGACAUCGUUCUGAGAGAUCAGUAUGGAGGGAAAAAUAAAGUGAACAUGUACAAAGAAGAGGUAUUGACUCUGAGUAAAGUCUCUCGGUCGGACAUGGGCGCCUACCUCUGCAUCGCGAGCAACGGCGUCCCCCCCACCGUGAGCAAGAGGAUACUGAUCAAAGUGCACUUUCACCCAGUGAUCCAAGUGCCGAACCAGCUAGUGGGUGCUCCGCUGGGCACUGACGUCACGCUCGAGUGCUACGUCGAGUCCUCACCCAAAUCCAUUAACUACUGGGUCAGAGAUUCAAAUGAAAUGGUGAUAUCAUCCAAUAAGUACGAAGUGGUGAACACGGCGCUGAGCUCAUUCGAGAGCCGCAUGGCGCUGACGGUGAGGCGGCUGACCGCGGCCGACGUCGGCGGGUACCGCUGUGUGGCCAAGAACUCUUUGGGGGAAGUCGAUAGCAUCAUCAGACUGUAUGAAAUACCUGGACCAACCGCACGAAACACCAGCCCCGCAACAAGCAAAGAAGAAUACAAAUACUCAACACCCAUGGAAGGCCCUGAUGACCAAUUCGGAUCGGCUGACAGAUCCGACGAUGAAGAAGAUAAGGAACCCACCUACUAUGCCACGGAAAGGGCACACAACAUUCGAACCGUUCUCGAAAACACCACAAAGAAUCGUUCUUUUGUUUUUACUCCAUCGGUAAAACAAAAACUUAGCAACAAAGUUAGUAAAAUAUUAAACCAAUUAGAAAUAGAAGACUCAGAUUUCGAACUUAAUAGGAGCAGUGAUUUAAAUCAAAUUAUUUCAGUAGCCUAUACUUUCUUAAGCGUAGCUAUCAAUUUAUUAAAUGUGUAGACAUUAUAUUUAUGUUGUCAUAAUAUACUAAUAGUCUGAUUAUGUACCUACCUACUCACUUAUGAUCUCGAGUAUUUGGUAAUCUUAUUAUAGCAUUUUUAUGGAGCGCAGUAUGUUUUAGUUUGUUGGGAAUCCAUGCCUAUCGCCAAUUUAGGAUUUGUUUUUGAUUAAACAUUCAAUUAUUUAUAACCAGUGUUUUAAAAAUAUGUACCUUAUAUCACAGUAGCAAUUUUAUAAGUACUUACCCAUGUAGUAAUAAGAAGGUAUACUGGGUGAUUUCGGGGUCGUGGUCCUGAAUGUCAUGUAAAGAUGAUCAUAAUAAACAAAUUUUCCCAUGCGACUUUCUUAACUAGGUACACCCUUGACGGCACGAAGAUGACGAAACUUAUGGACUAUAUUUUUCAAGAUUUUCAUAACGGUCCCAUGGGAAACAUUGUGCAGUAUGACCAUUCUAAUACAAAUAUACAACAUUAAUCUAGUUACAUAAGCGAAAAGCACAAAAUUUUAUCGACAUCGUAGAUAGGAAUCAACUUUAAAAUACGUACCUUGUCACUUAUCUAUAUAUAGUAUAAAAAAAUAACAUGUUAAUACGUAUUGAUGUAUAUCAAUAAUACUAUAUUAUAUUGAUACUAUUUCAUUACACUAACAAAUUAAAUUCUAUGCCUACUCAAACUCCUGUAACUUAGUAAAUAUAGUCAAGCUUUAGAAAUUUCAAAUUCAUCCUUAAUUGCUUAUAAUAUUAUUUUACAAUAAAAAUGUCGAUUGAUGAAAGCCAAUUAUGAUGUUAAUGUCAAGCCCUCAAAGAUACCAGUUUAUUUUAAAGUUAUAACAUAAAAUAUAUGGAAGAUAGUACAAAAUUAGGGGCUCAUACUUACAGCCGAGGGACUUGUGAAAUGUGUUAGCACAUUCUGUUUAUAAAUAUAAAAACGUAGAAUAUGUUACAGACAAGCUUUUAUUACUAACAACGAUUAAUAAACCAUUCAAUAAAAAUUAAAAAUCAGUAAAAGAAUAUGACAGACACUUGACAUUUAUUACAAUAAUUAUUUUUUUUUAAGCUAUUUUAAUUAUUAAACUGAAAUAAAAUUAUUAAAUUAUUGUAUAUUGAAGGCAUACAAAUUGUUUAUUGAGUACAUACAUUAUGAGUUUAAUACCAUUACAGAUAUUUAGUACAAACUGAAGGAUGCAGUAAGCACUUUUGUAAAGAAGUAUCUCGGCAAUGCAAACUUUUAUAUUAGUUUACUCUACUGUACUACUAAGUAUAUUAUAGGUUGCAUGAUUGUCUCGUGUAUAUCUUAGUUUAAAUUCUUAUAAAAAUUAUCGAGUUUUCAAUUGUAUUUAUGUAUUUCUACUCUUG